GCCGCUCCCCCUGCUCGCGCAAGAUGGCGGCGGCCGGCUCGGUGGCCGUGCGGGUCUGUCACCAGGAGAUCGUCAGGUUCGACCUGGAGAUCAAGGCGGCCGUGCAGGACAUCCGGGACUGCCCGGGGCCGCUCGGUGCCCUCACGGAGCUGAACGCAGCCGUGAAGGAAAAAUUCCGCCACCUCCGCGGCCGCAUCCAGGACCUCGAGCAGAUGGCGAAGGAGCAAGAUAAAGAGUCGGAGAAACAAGCCUUGCUGCGGGAAGUGGAAAACCAUAAGAAACAAAUGCUCAGCAAUCAGGCAGCUUGGAGAAAAGCAAAUCUAGCUUGCAAAAUUGCUAUUGACAACUCUGAGAAGGAUCAGCUGCUGCAGGGAAGAGACUCCUUAAGACAAAGGAAGACUACAAAGAAGACUCUGGCAGAGAGUGCAAGUAACAUCACGGAGAGUCUGAUGGGCAUUAGCAGGAUGAUGUCACAGCAAGUCCAGCAGAGUGAGGAAACCAUGCAGACCCUAGCCAAUUCUUCACGAACCAUCCUGGAGGCAAAUGAAGAAUUUAAGUCCAUGUCUGGGACAAUUCAGUUGGGGAGAAAGCUCAUAACAAAGUACAACCGCAGGGAACUGACGGACAAGCUGCUCAUCUUUCUUGCCCUUGCCUUGUUCCUCGCCACCGUGCUCUAUAUUUUGAAAAAAAGACUCUUUCCAUUUUUGUAAAAUUCCAAAGUUAGACUGAAGUAUUACAAAAGAUCAGAAAGAGAUGGCAUAAUUAUGGUAGGGCUUUUAAAUAAAAUAAUAAAGGGCUAUAGCAAUGGCUGACAGAGUGUUAGAGCAGGCGUGACAUUGUACUGUCCCCGUGGAGCAUGUGACCUGACUAAGAAGAGAAUGAGCAGAAGUCAGGAAGAAGCAGGUAGAUCUAGGUGUGGAAAGAAGAAACACCAGUCUGCCUGUAGGUUUGGGGAACAAGAUGAACACUUGAGGAACUAGGCACUCAAAGGUGCCAGUAUUAACUUUCAACCUCUCUUUAUUCUGCCUUGAAAUUAACUUCUGUCCUUGGCUUGGACUGGAAGUUGCUUUGACAUCAAUCUAAGGUGCUGAGAGAAGAGGAAGGAUGGAAGAAAGAAACUCACAUACAUUCCAUUAAUUAACUAUUUAUUGUAUCCAUGUAAGCUGUGUUUUGUUUAAAAACAAAGUCUAAUGGAUUGAAUGAGCCUGAAUAACUUCCAGUGUAAAAAUCCUACGUAAUACUUAAACCAGUUGUUGCUUAUGGAGUUUUUUUUCUGGGAGCAUAGCACACAUGCAGCCUGGCUCUGUUCCUCUGGCCUCAGGGGACUCUCACCAAAGCGAAAAUGGGAGAUGCAUUUGUUACUAAUAAUUGGUGCAAUAUAUUUGAGAAUUACAUUUCCAAUCUGUUGAAAUCAAAGCCGUUUUGUUCCUUUUCUUUAUAAAAUUCCACUUAAUACUUUAUAUUUGCAAAAUACUGUCAAGUUGUAUAUUUGAAAAUUUUUCUUUCUUAUACAGCUGAUCUUUUCUCAGUGCAGUAUUUUACAAUUACUACAUUGCUUUUCUCUUGUGCUUUAGUAAUGGGAAGUGAUUUGCUUUAGUAACAUAAAUACCAGCUUGCAACACUCCAUGUCGUACCUUGAAGUACUAAAAACUGCACUGUGAUGGUCUUAAAACUGACGUUGUCUUGUCUUCUGGAAAUUGUUUCAUUGCUUCUUCAGCGAUCUCUGGCAAAGUUUGCAUUCUGUUCAGGGAAUUCUCACACAAUGGUUAAAUACUGCCUUAGUUUAGCCGAUAGAAACAAACUUUUUCAAAAGGCAGUGCUACAUAAAUCCUCAGAAGUGCCAUGUCAAGGAAAAUCCAGUGUGUAAGUUUAUGUGGAAUCUGAGGCUGGGUUACCUUUGUAGUUAGUUUGCAAUAGUAUCUUUAGAGAGAAGAGGUGACCAGUUGAUUAUCUUGUAAUACUUAUUUACUAGACCUCUUCAGCAGUCCCAGUUUAUCCUUUUGCUGGCAGCUGCUACAAGUGGUGAAUCCAGAAGUGGCAGGAGGUUGUGGGAAUCCAGCCUGGAGUGCGGGACAGUUGAAGUGGUGAUUUUGUGGCCGAGUGCAUAAACAAGAAAAGCUGGCAUUUGGAAUCCAGUUCAAAAUCAAGGGCUCUGCCUGAAGAGUAUGAUCCCUGAGCCUUUCUUCUUGGGGUAGUAACAAGGCAUUUGGAAACCUCUGCAGUAGGGUUGGUACAUCCCGCAGAGGGCACCACUGCCUGGGAGUCGAGAGUGUUUUCUUGCCCUGGAAUUCCUGUCCUACACAGACAAGACAGAAUGGAUGUGGCUUUUCCCGAAUGGUUUCCUCAUCGUGUGUCAGUGCAGCCUUCCUAAGAGACAGAAUGACACAAAGAUUGAAAGAAACUGACAAUGUGUGUGUUCUGCUUUUGAAUAAGAGAGAAAUUACUCAGCUUGAAAAAGAUGUACGUUGCACGAAAUCAAGGCAUGUGUGCUUUUUAAUGAUAAGAAAAGCCUUGCUUUGGAAGAAGUCCGCUGCUGAGCAGACUGCUAACUGAGGAGAGCCUGUGUGAUCUGCAAGUUGGGGCCACAACGGAGCAAGUUUCAUCUGGGUCAGUGAUCCUGGCUGUUGCAUUUCACAUGAACCAUCUCUGGUGUCAGGCUCCUGCCCUCUCUGGAGCCUGCUUGUCCCUCUCCCCCCAGGCACAGAUGUCUACAAACAUACAAAGGGUGAUGAAAGUGUGUCCACCUUUCCCUUGUCUUGGAAAAUAUGGCUUGAAAUACAGAUAAUAUUUUAAGACAUGAAGUUUGUUUAGAUGGUGAACACAUUUCAAAUUAAUUGCUGUGCAGCAGUUCCUGUUUUCCACAUCAGUGCAGUGCCAUUUUGUGCAACUUCAGAGCAGUCAAUAAAAUUAUUUUUAUGGACUAUUUCUGCUUCUAGGCCAGCUGUAGCACUGCAGCUUUCUUUUUUUCAGCCAGCUUGAAAAUAGUCUUGUCUUUCUGAAACACAGUACCUGCAGGUGGUCAAACACCAGCUGCUUCACUGUUUCCUCCCUCAUGUGGAUGCAAUAUAAAAACAGGGUGUUGCUUAUCUCUGAGAUACUGGGAUGCUAAGCAGAGGAGAGGGUGAUGCAGCAUGACUGUCUACAGGAAGUUUCACUGGGUUUAUCUUUGCAACAUACUCCUGUCAGAACCUAGAUCAACCUUAAAAAAGCAGCUUCUCUCGGUGCUGAGAAUUUCAGUGAAGUCUGUUUUAAAGGAGUGGUCUUUUUGGAUGGGUGUUGUAAUGUAGCAGUUUUGGGGGGAAAUAAAAGGUCUAUUGCUGAA